AUCCAGUGAGUUACCCAAAGGAAGAUAUACAUAAGUGAUGAAGCUAAAUCCAAGGCAGAUCCAAGGACUACAAUUGGACUCAUUAAAGACUUGAUGUUUUGCAUCCAUUGUGUUGAUUGUGAUUCUCGAGUGGUAGACUUGAGUGUUUUCCACUGAUUUAUCCUCGAUUGUCACUUUUGGCCGCGAUGUAUUGACCAUUGAGAGAAAUCGUGUGGAGGUGACCACAUAUCUCAGUCGUGGGGUGUGAAGCCUUGAGACCUCUGGUGUGUGACAGACAGUACAUGUGCAUACGAAUGUGGAGGUGCUAUGCUGAGGGUGUCGGGUGUUGCACCAGCUCCGUCGGGCCAUGAGUGGAAAUUUCAGUGUUCUGUCGGGGUGGACUGUAGCGACGCUGAACCCCGCUGUAUCUGGCUGGCAGUCUUAAGGGGUAUUUCACCUCGCGCCUCACCGCGGCCGACCCCCAUCACAUCACCAAGAAGACGGGGCUCCCGGAGGGUCAUACAGCGCCAUCGCUUGUCCUGGGCUAAAGGGCGAACAGAUGGCAUGGUGUCAUCCAAUGAGAACAAGCGCCGGCCACUGUCGUCGGGUGAGGUGGAGGGCAUGUCAUGGCAAGGCCCACGGACUAUUUUCCUCCAGAAGAACUCACAGGGUUUCGGCUUCACUCUGCGCCAUUUCAUCGUCUACCCACCAGAGUCCUCCCUCCACAGCCUCAAGGAUGAAGAGAACGGAAAUGCAACUGGAAAAGGUUGUCAGCGGUCUCGUUUAGAGCCAAUGGACACCAUCUUUGUGAAGAGUGUCAAAGAAAAUGGCCCCGCCCAACAAGCUGGACUGUGUACAGGGGACAGGCUGGUGAAGGUGAACAGUGAGAGCAUUCUGGGGAAAACGUACUCUCAAGUGAUCGCACUCAUCCAGAACAGUGAAAACAUUCUGGAGCUCUCCAUUAUGCCAAAAGAUGAGGAUGUGUUGCAGUUGGUAAGUGCGUACUCCCAGGAUGCCUACCUGAAAGGCAAUGAGCCAUAUUCAGGCGAGGCCCAGAACCUCCCUGAGCCACCACCUCUCUGUUACCCUGCCACCAAGGCCACCUCUGCUGCCCCGCAGCCCAGCCACAACCUCCACAGCCCCCUGGACAACUGGCAGUGCCGACCUGGCCCCACCACCUCUCCACUGGACAACCGCCCCCCUCCUGCAUCUACUCCCACCUCCGGCUGGCCCGGGGGUCCUGAGGAUUCCGGUAGCCACUCCGCCCCGUUGGGGCGGCACCGUGGCCGCUCAUCUUCGGCCGUCAAUGCGCUGGACUUUCACUUUGCUAACCACAACGCUGCCAUUGCCUCUGCAACUCUGCCUCCACCACGAAAGAGCAGUAUGCUGGCCUCCACCCGCACUCACACCGAUGCUCUCUGCCACCAGGCUCUGUCAGACUGGUACUACAGCCAGGCUGAGGCUGCCGAGUGCAUGUCCCCCAGACACCGCAGUGUAUCUCAGGAUCGUUUAGCAGAGCUGGGGCUAGGGUUGGCACUCGGCCCUGGACCUACAUCUGCUUCCACGACCUCUAUGGAGCAUCGCAGAAGAGAAACCCUCCUACACCACCACCAGGCAGCUGCUGCUUCCCAUGAUUCCCAUUGGCUAGGGAGCUGUGUAUCAGGACCAGGAAGCAGGUCGUGCUCAGAGAGCCUGCUGGCAGCCUAUGCAGAGUACGAGCACAACUAUGGGCGAUCUGUGGAAACACUAGCACAAGCCUCUGCACUCAUAACGCCACGCUACGAACACUCUUCACAAGGCUCCCAAACGACGAAAUACAGCGAGCUGAAAGACCAGAAAGUCUCAGCAGGACAUCAGAACCAAACCACAGUUAUAUUGCCCAUCACAGCCUCUUCCACAGUGCCUCCUAGUGGCAGGCGGUCAGGUCAGCAGAUAGCUGAACCCCAAACAAGGCGAGUAAAAGAAGAGGAGCUGGUGGGCUACAGAAGCUACAGCCCGUCUUUCUCCCGCAAAGCUGGCCACCUCUUCCAGCAGGCCCACUCCUUCAGAGAGCCCAGCUACAGUGGCCCUCACCUCAACUGGAGCUCUGGCAGCAGAAGCAGCCCUGCGGACAGCGAGGGGGGGAUGGUACCGAGACCCCAGUCUACCCCUGCCCUGUCGGCGUCAGAGGAUGAGAGAGCCCAACUGGGUGAGGACAGGGAGGUCAUAUCCCCCAACUCCCUAAAUCAAGAGGUGGUUCUGAGACAGAAGCCACCUUCCGGCCAUCGAACCCCUGUUCAGACCCUCCGACAUCCCCACUACACCACACCCGUGGAGUCACCUGAGCCCCCUGGUUUGACCCCUACACCAGGCACCCCGUCUCCUGUCUCUGGGGGGCCCGGCUCCAGCCGCAGGGCUAAUGGUAGCCUGGCACAGCAUGCAUUCAACUCCCUGUCCUCUAUUCCCUUCAUAGAUGAACCCACCAGUCCUAGUAUUGACCUACAGGCCUGCUAUGUACCAGCCUGCUCUGUGGUGCCCAGUUCCCAGGCCCCCACUGUGGCCACCCUCACUUCCACCUCUGUCUCCCCCACCCUCUCCUCCGUCUCCCCCUAUGUCCGACUUCGUUCUCGGGACUGCAGCAGUAUUAAAAGUCGGCGCUCCUCUUACCUGCUGGCCAUCACCACCGAGAGAUCCAAGUCCUGUGACGAGGGACUCAACACCUUCAGGGAUGAAGGCCGUGUCUUCUCCAAACUACCAAAAAGGGUAAAGAGCUUUUUCACAGAUGGGUCUCUGGAGAGCCUGCGAGCCCAGGAGGAGGCCCGGUCCAAGCGCCACUCCACCUCUGAGCUGGGAACCAUCACCUUUAGUGAUGUUCGCAAGGAGGGCUGGCUGCACUACAAACAGAUCCUCACAGAGAAGGGAAAGAAGGUGGGUGGUGGCAUGCGGCCGUGGAAGCGCGUCUUCUCUGUGCUCCGUUUCCAUUCACUUUUCCUCUACAAGGACAAGCGGGAAGCCGUCCUUCAUGGGGCGGGAGCGGGGCCCAGCCAGGACGAACAUCCUCCAAUCAGCAUCCGCGGCUGCCUGAUAGACAUCGCCUACAGUGAAACCAAACGUAAGCACACCCUGAGGCUCACCACACAGGACUUCUGCGAGUACCUGCUGCAGGCCGAAGACAGGGACGACAUGUUGGCCUGGAUCAGGGUCAUCAGGGAGAACAGCAAGACAGACAACGAGGAGAUUGGUUUCUCAAGACAAGCUCUCAUCAACAAGAAGCUGAAUGACUACAGAAAACACAGUCUGACAGGUAAUAAGCCAGACUCCUCUCCCAGAGCACAUCGUAUGAUGCCUCCUUUCCUCCUGGCAAAGACUGACAACACCUCAGUGAACCGAACCUCCAGAACAGAUGACAACAAGGCACUGUGGGGCAUCAACAUCAUGAAGAAGGCCAAGAAGACAGGCAGUCCGAAGGCUUUUGGCGUGCGACUGGAGGACUGUCAGCCUGCUGUCAACCACAAAUUUGUCCCUCUGAUAGUGGAGAUGUGCUGUGAUGUGGUGGAGGCGACUGGUUUGGAGUACACUGGUAUUUACCGGGUGCCAGGGAACAACGCCAUGGUGUCCAACAUGCAGGAGCAUCUCAACAAGGGUUUGGACAUCAACACUGCUGAGGAGAGAUGGCAGGACCUGAAUGUAAUCAGCAGCCUGCUCAAAUCCUUCUUCCGAAAACUGCCUGAGCCGCUGUUCACUGAUGACAAAUACAAUGAUUUCAUUGAUGCCAACCGGAUAGAAGAUGCAGAGGACCGGCUGAAGACCAUGAAGAAACUGAUCCACGACCUUCCAAACCACUAUUAUCACACCCUUAAAUACCUGGUGGGCCACCUCAAGAAGGUGGCAGAUCACUCUGAGAAGAAUAAGAUGGAGCCAAGAAACCUGGCUCUGGUGUUUGGUCCCACUCUGGUAAGGACGUCAGAGGACAAUAUGACUGAUAUGGUCACCCACAUGCCUGACCGCUACAAAAUAGUGGAGACACUUAUCCUGCACCAUGACUGGUUCUUCAGUAAUGGAGAGUUUGAUACAGAAGAGAAGGCCCCAGAGGAUAAGCGGGACAUGCAGCCUGUGCCCAACAUUGACCAUCUGUUAUCCAACAUUGGCAGGCCGGGCAUGCCAGGAGAGGCAUCAGAUUCCACCACCAGCGAUUCACUUAAGUUAAAGCUUUCUUCGGGUUCCAAGAAAGACCUGAAUGCCAGGGACUUCCUGCCCAUGUCCAUCAUCUCUGCUGUGACCCGCAAACGUAAAAAAUGCCCCAGUACCCACCUGCAGGACAGUAGUGCUGACGAGGACUCCGAGCAUGAGCCAGUCAAAGCCAGCAACUACAGGGGAGAAGAAAAAGAUAAAGGGGAGGAGGAAGAGGACAGAGGAGAGGAGGAGGGAGUUAAAGGAGAACAUAUGAUUCCUAAAAAAGAAAAAAGGGACGAAAAGGAAAAUGGAGUGGAAGCUGGAGAAACCACAGAGGAAAAAGAUUCAUUAGCAAGAGAAGACAGAACUGAAAAGGAUGCGGAGAAUGGAACAGACAAUGGCGCAAAAAAAAUAGAAAGGGAGAGCAGGCAAAGAACAACCUUGCCAAGAAGUGCACAGCAAAUACGUCCAAACAGUUUCCUCUCCUCACACAUUCAGAUCCAUGCCACAUACUCAAGACCCCAAACUGUGGCUAGUACUCCUUCCCAUUUGAAGCCUCAGAAUCUGGCUAGAGGACGCCCCACAGUUCCUUUCUGGAUCUGCCCCACCAGGCUUCCAACCUCUAACCUCUACCAGGCUUCCAGUUUUCACGGGACCCAGCAGCCAGACUGGAACCAGUCAGCACCAGUCCGCUACAGGAAGAUGAGAGGUGGGAGGACUAGGGCUCUAUCCAUGAAUCUGGACCUUGAGCUGGGCAGGAGUGAGGACAGAGUUAGAGGAUGGAGGGGAGAGAGGGUGGAGGUGAUCAGAGUCAAUGAGAGAACACCAGAUCAGCAUGGAUGUGUUGGCGUUCCUCAGGGAUCAGUUGUGGGUCCCAGGUCAAAUCAAAUAGAUCCCCUCCCUCGUAUUGCCCAGGAGGCUCCCCCAGUCUCCUCCUCUUCUUUUUUAGAUCAGAGCUCCCCGGGAUCUUCUACUGUGGUACUGAGGAGAUCAGCUCUUGACCCACGGGACAAAGCAAGAGCAUGGCGUCGUCACACGGUCGUAGUUUAACCUGACUGUUUCAUCUACUAAUGUAGUACGAAGUACUUGCCCUUUACUUACAAACAUUGGAUCACCUGUAUCACUGCUUCUAAAGCCAAAUGUCCGUCAUGUUGCUUUAGGAUCUUGAGUUGGAGAAGUGAUCUCAUGGUAAAGGAAUUCUUUGACACUGUGCAGUUGUAGAGUUUCAUUCCAAAAUUAAAUAACCACCAUUUGAAAAAUGUGAAACUCACUCUGAAAAGUUGAAGUUAUUCAUCUUUACUUCUUUACUUACAAAAUAAUUAGAAUUGUAAUCUAUGUCCUUAUAUAUCGUGCAAAGAACAUUAGGGCUGUACACAUGGAAUUGGGAUUCUGAUAUUUCCUUGAAAAUGUUCACCAGAAUCUGAUGUUUCCCAGGAAAAAUGCCUGGAGGAUCCUAUGACUUUUAGCCUGUGUGUUCAUAAACUAUACUUCCACAGACUAUGGCACAAUCACACCAGAAAGUGACACAGUGAAGUUCAUUUGUGAGUCCUUGUGAAAUAGGUAGUGUUAGAAGCUUGGUGAGAUGGCGUGCACUCACAAGUGAAAAGCUAACUGCUAGCAUGCUAAUCAGACAGUGACACGCUAAUGAGUCACAAUAGCCCCUAGCUUGCUAAUUAACAGCUAUCUCGGUCGCUAAUAGGACAGUUUCAUAAGUUCACACAUUUCACAGACCAUCCCUAUUUUGUGGACCAUUUUACUAUAAAUGAGGAUGGUGCAACACAGAUAAUAAACUCCAGUAAUUUCCACUAUUGUCAGCACCUACAAGACAAUUUGCUAUUGGUCUAUGGUGCAAAUUCAAGUACUGUAGUUUCAAAGAUUUACUUUGCCCUAAUGUGUAAAUCCACUGACCACAACAGCUCCAUUGAAAUGAACUAAUUAUACUGCAAAAUGUAGCUUUUUUUAAAUGCUGGUGUGACUGGGGCAAGUUUCAUUUAGUAACUUUACUAAGAUAACAAUUUAUAAUGAAGCUGUGCUAACAAAAUAUUUUUUUGCAUUAAGAGUGCAAAAUCUGUAAAUUAAAAUGAUGCCAUAAUCCAACGUGCAGACUUAGAAAAAGAGAAGUCUGGUUAAUUGCAGUGCAGUGUUCAAAAGGCAGAACAUAGAACUCAAUCAGCCCAAUAAUACAAUUAAACGUCUGGUACAAGAACAAUGGUGUACAAAGUGGCGAGAGGACAGGUGGUGCCAAAGUAAGACGUUUUCAAAUUCGAUACUUAGCUGAUUUAACAGAAUAAUGUUUUGGAAUGAAACCCUUCAAUUGUAAAUUUAGACUGAUGAAUAGUGAUAAUACAUAAAAAAAGAAAGCCAUAUUAGACAUUUGAAACUCAACUCUGGAGCAGCUGCUGGGCAAAUAUUACAUACACACACUUUCCUGUCUGCCUGAGCACAGCACAGUAUUCUAAUUCAGAGGAAACGUCUCAGCCCUUUACAAGCUCUUCCAAAGCCUCCUGUGGAUCUACAGGGAACUUCAAUGAUCUGUCGGAGCAACACAACUCUCUCUCUCUGGAUGAUGUCACUUGGGCAUUGACUAAAAAAUGCAUGCGUGGGGUCAGUGACAUAUAAAAAUAUGCAAACCCUAAGUGUUCAACACAAGCCUAUUGUGCUUCCCUAUGUGUGUGUGUGUGUGUGUAUGUGUGAGUAUGUUUGAGGAGGAGGGCCAGAGCUUUGAGGAUCAGCAAAGUGUUUAAGGCAGCUAUGUGAAGUCAUGCCAAAUUUAUUAUGUUUUUUUGUUUUGUAUUUGGGGUAACUGUACAAUAUCCGCAGUAUGGAGCCAAGAGACAACCUGAGCACUCAUCAGUGUUAUGAAGAGAGUAUCGUCAUGGGAACAGAGUUGAAAGUGAGUGAAAAACCUCCUUAAAUCCAAAAACCACAGUCUUACCUGAGUGAUAUUUUUUGCAUUUUCCCUCUUUCAAUAUUUUCAGUAUUUUUGCUCCCCUUGCCUCAACUUUAGUUUUGUUAAGCUGUCUGAAAAAAACAAACAAAAUGGAGCUGACCCAAAAUGUACUGCCAACCACUGUCGUCCAAGCAGACUCCAUGUUUGUCUUAAUCAUAUCUAGACUCAGUCUGUCCUUCUCUAUCUGUGUGCCCUUGUGCAUGUACUAUAUGUACGUGGGUGACUGUGCGUGGACCAAUUUUGUAACAGUUGUACAAAGCCUUGUUAAGUUAACCUGUGUAUAUAAAUAUUAUACAUAAUAUAUUAAAUUAUUUGUUUUGGA